UCAUUAUGUAUACCAUACAAAAUCUAAGGUUUGGUUUACACUAAACUGUUUUCAACCCUUAACCUUAAUUUAUUGAAAAUAGUUAGGAGAACCUUGUGUUUUAUGUUGGGCCAGUCAUGGUUGCUAUGGCAGUUUUGUUAAAUCACAAUUUCAAUUUAUUAUUCAUGUUUAUUUUUUGUAUAGUUAACAGUUUUGUUAUAAAAAUCAUAAGUUAAUUUAGUAAUAUUGAUGUUAUUCAAUACAGCUUCGGCUCAAAAUGCCACUUUUCAAUAAGAAAUUCGACAAAGUCGUUACUCCGCGCACAGGACGUUUAAAUAUUGGUGUUCCUCCUAUGGUGGAAAAUUUUGAUAAUUACAAAAAUAUUUCAUUGAAUUUGGGCAGUAAAGAGCUUCGUUUCGUGGAUGGCAUUUGGAUACAAUCAACACGUAAAAGUGAUGUGGAUGAUGUGUUACGACUUAAUCGACGAGUUAAGCAAUUAGAGGAUGAAAACAAUACCGCCAAUUUAAAAAUUGAAGUGUUACUGGAUCUACUGGCAGAGAAUACUACAGAAUUAAAUUCGAUGAAAGGAAAGCAAAAAUAGGUGCUUAUUAUAAGAAGAUACAAAUACCAUAUAUCAUAUAACAAAAUCUAUUUAAUGUUCAACAAAUUAGUUGUUUGUUGGUGAUUUAUUUCACACAAAGACUAAUUUAAUUCACAA